AUGUGCACAGAAACCUUUGUCUUCAAAGACCCAGGACGCUACCAAACCACCUCUACAGUGGACGACUUCGAAACUCAAUUUUUAACCGCCAACCCGUAUGGUGACAGCAGCGAUGUUUGUCGGGACACACUAGACAAAUUACAGAGCGAUAUGCAGCCUUCAGCACCUCAGAGCCAUAUUCAGCGGCCACCAACCCCUCCACUUCCUUUGUUCUGGGUUGGGGAUGACAAUACUUUCAAUGGUAGGAAUUGA